AUGUUUUUCCUAGUAGCAGUUCUGACGAUAGCGAGCCAGUCAAGUGGCCACAAUGGCGAGAUUGCCCACGACUACGACGAGUCGGACAAGGACAAGGCCUCGAGCAACGAGGGACAUGAAGACAAGAUCAGUUCUAGCGAUGCGGCACCAAAAUCCAACUCAGACAGCCACAGUAACCAGACACCGAAGAUCCGUGAUCGACGUCGAGGUGGCACACGCACAUCAUGUGCUAAGAAGCGGCAAUCCAAAGAGUUAUCUGGAAAAGUGGUUCGCCAAACAGCCGCGACGUGCAUCAAAUUGGGCAAGCGAUCAUCACGCUUGGACAAUUCCCAUGAAGCGGAGAAAGAGAACCGCACGUCAAAGCAGAGGAAGGGUCAAAUCGACCGGGCAAACUUAUUCAAAGAAGUAAAAGAGCAAAGAGCUCAACUUCUCGAGAGUUUUAUGGACAUGCAAAAAGAAACUCAACAGCAACGUCUUGAGUUUGAGCGACAAGAGCGCGAGAAAGACCGGUUGGACCGUGAAAGUGAGAGAGAGGAGCGUCGUCUGGAGCGAGAAGAACGACGCAAGGAAAGGGAAGUGCAAGCGAAGCUUACUGCGAGCUUACUGCAGCAUAUCAAGCAAAACAAUGACUAA